GCAAACUGGCUCUGUCACCGGCUGGCUGUUUUGACAGGGAAUGAACCCUGCGAGCGCAGAAACCGGGUUAAAUAAAUGCGGCUUUGAUAAGGCUCUGCGGAGCCUGAGCGGAGGCCGGACGCGCCCUCGGACCGACGUACCAGGCGCUCAGCGCAAUGAGACUCGGCGGGCGGGGGGAGGGUUGGUGGUGGGGGUCAGAGCCCUGGGCCGCUCCACCGGGUGGCCUCCUCCGGGGUCCCUCCUCCCGCGGGGACGCCCCGCAGACGAAAGUGGGGGCUGGACCCCCCAGAGGCCCGCGUCCACCCUCUUGGCUGUCCCGUCGCGGUUCCGCGUGCGGGGGUGCAGGGCGGCUGAGUGGGUGGGGGGGCCGGGCAGGUGCGGGGCGCAGGCCGGGGCUCCCUCUCACCCAGGUGUGAGCUGAUUAUUCAAAUGGGCUGCCCCGGGUCUGGGGAUUGGAGGCCCGCGCCGGCGCGCCGCGCUAUAUCACCAGCCGCCCACGUCACUGCGGCACUUGUCCGCUGCGCGGUCCACACCUCCUCCCCCUCCCUCCUCCACCCCUUCCUCCUCCUCCUCCUCCUCUCCGCCCCCCCCCCCCACCCGCCCCCGCGCCGCGCGCUUCCCGCCGCCUCCGGGCAGCUCGGCACUGCCAGCCUCGGCCUCCACCGGGCAGCCCGUGAGCGCGGCGGCGGCUGGCGCUCCGGCGGCGGGGCUCAGCUCCGGGCCUCCUCCUACCCCCGGCCCCCUCCUCCCGCGACCCAGACCUCCCGCCCACUUCCCACCACCGCCUCCGGCCGGCCGAGGGAGCGGGGCCGAGAGACAGGGAGAGCGAGAGGGAGGGAGGGGACCGUGCCUCGGCCGACUUUUUUUUUUUUUUUUAAGGAGGGUGGGGGUGGGGGGGUGAUUGCCGGUCGUUUGUUGUGGCUGUUAAAUUUUAAACUGCCAUGCACUCGGCUUCCAGUAUGCUGGGAGCGGUGAAGAUGGAAGGGCACGAGCCGUCCGACUGGAGCAGCUACUACACCGAGCCCGAGGGCUACUCCUCGGUGAGCAACAUGAACGCCGGCCUGGGGAUGAACGGCAUGAACACGUACAUGAGCAUGUCGGCGGCCGCCAUGGGCAGCGGCUCGGGCAACAUGAGCGCCGGCUCCAUGAACAUGUCGUCGUACGUGGGCGCGGGCAUGAGCCCGUCCCUGGCCGGCAUGUCCCCCGGGGCGGGCGCCAUGGCAGGCAUGAGCGGCUCGGCCGGGGCGGCCGGCGUGGGGGGCAUGGGGCCUCACCUGAGCCCGAGCCUGAGCCCGCUAGGGGGGCAGGCGGCCGGGGCCAUGGGCGGCCUGGCGCCCUACGCGAACAUGAACUCCAUGAGCCCCAUGUACGGGCAGGCGGGCCUGAGCCGCGCGCGCGACCCCAAGACGUACCGGCGCAGCUACACGCACGCCAAGCCGCCCUAUUCAUACAUCUCGCUCAUCACCAUGGCCAUCCAGCAGAGCCCCAACAAGAUGCUGACGCUGAGCGAGAUCUACCAGUGGAUCAUGGACCUCUUCCCCUUCUACCGGCAGAACCAGCAGCGCUGGCAGAACUCCAUCCGCCACUCGCUGUCCUUCAACGACUGCUUCCUCAAGGUGCCCCGCUCGCCCGACAAGCCCGGCAAGGGCUCCUUCUGGACCCUGCACCCCGACUCCGGCAACAUGUUCGAGAACGGCUGCUACCUGCGCCGCCAAAAGCGCUUCAAGUGCGAGAAGCAGCUGGCCUUGAAGGAGGCCGCGGGCGCCGCGGGCGGCGGCAAGAAGGCGGCCGCCGCCGCCGGGGCCCAGGCCUCGCAGGGUCCGCUCGGAGAGGCGGCCGCCGGGCCGGCUCCCGAGACUCCGGCGGGCACCGAGUCACCCCACUCAAGCGCCUCCCCGUGCCAGGAGCAUAAGCGAGGGGGCCUUGGGGAGCUGAAGGGGACGCCGGCCUCGGCGCUGAGCCCCCCGGAGCCGGCGCCCUCGCCCGGGCAGCAGCAGCAGCAGGCCGCGGCCCACCUGCUGGGCCCCCCGCAUCACCCGGGCCUGCCGCCCGAGGCCCACCUGAAGCCGGAGCACCACUACGCCUUCAACCACCCCUUCUCCAUCAACAACCUCAUGUCGUCAGAGCAGCAGCACCAUCACAGCCAUCACCACCACCAGCCCCACAAAAUGGACCUCAAGGCCUACGAACAGGUGAUGCACUACCCCGGCUACGGGUCCCCCAUGCCGGGAAGCCUGGCCAUGGGCCCGGUCACGAACAAAGCGGGCCUGGAUGCCUCGCCCCUGGCCGCAGACACCUCCUACUACCAGGGGGUGUACUCCCGGCCCAUUAUGAACUCCUCGUAAGAAGACAGCGGCGACCCGGCUAGCCCGGGACCCAGAUGGGAGAGACAGGAAGUGGGGUGGAGACUCUGAGGAAGGGCUGCUGGAAAGGUGCAAGGGAGAAGGACCCUUCACAGCCUGCCCCGCCCCCCCACAGAGGUCUCCCCUUACCCUCUGCAGUCCUUCCCUCCCUCACGUGGGCCACACUGAUGUCUACCAUCCUAUUUAAGGAGGGAAAAAGAAAAAGCUAAACAGUUUUUAAAAAAGAAGAAAAGCCUCAGUUUCCACUACUGUGUAGACGCCUGCUUCUCUAAAAACCUGCCAAUUCUUGACUUUUUGUUGUUGUGGUUCCUCUUCAUUGCUGUUGUUGCAGGGAAGUCUUACUUUAUUAAAAAAAGAAAAAGAAAAAAACACAAACUUUUGUGAGUGACUCAGUGUAAAACUAUGUAGUUUUAACAGAAAACAAGAGUUGUACUAUUGUUUUAAAAAGAGAAAAAAAAAAUAAUGUAAGGGACUGUUGUAAAUGCCCAAGAAAAGAAAAGAAAAAAGCAUUUGCAUUCUUGAUACGGUGAAAUCCAGGUCUCAAGUCUGAUUAAUUUAUGGUUUCUGCGUGCUUUAUUUAUGGCUUAUAAAUGUGUGUUCUGACUGCAAGGACCAGAGUUCCACAAAUCUAUAUUAAAGUGUUAUUGCCAGUUUUUUGCUUUGAAUCUUCAAGAUUUUUUUUCCUUUGCCUGAUUUAAAAAAAUAAACAUAUCCGGGAUAUAUUUUAAAAUUGAGGGAGGGAGACCCUGACUGGUUGCAGGUUUUAUUUUAUUUGGAGGGUGAUGGUUGCUGCUUUAUCAACAUUUUAUUGUUAACAUUUUCAGACAAACUUAGAGUUGAAUGAAUUUUACAGUAAACAGACACAUACCCAUUGCUCAGAUCCUAUAGUUCUCAGCUCAGUAUACUUGUUAUACUGGAUGUCUGACCCAUCUAUCCACACCUCCAUCAGUCUACUUAUGUUCCUAGAUGCAUUUCAGAGUAAAUUUCAGACUUCAGUACACUUCACCCUAAACACUCCAGCAAGAACAUCAUUAAUGGAACUCAACAUUGUUCAAGGUGACUUUUUGAAUUUUGAGUUUAACUUUACACAAAAUGAAACUCAAAGAUCCCAGGUGAGCCAUUCUGGGGGUUAUGGGGUUGAUGCAGGUUCAUCUCCAAAGCCUGGCAAAAAACACACUCCAUAUCCAUAUUUUCCAGCUGGGCCAUGUGAAGGUGAAAUGUUGCUGACAUCUCUUGCACACUGGGGCUGGUUUCUCUUGGAGGAAAAAAAAAAAAAUCCUGGAUUUCUUGGGUUGUUUUUUUUUGUUUGUUUGUUUUUGCUGUAUUUCCAAUCCUGGGCCUAUCUUCACAGUGAGUCCAGAUUGGACUUGCAAACUCCUGGUGCAGCCCUUUUCCUUUUCGUCAUUGCCUCUCUCUUCACCUUUUCCUGGAAUUGGGACUCUACCUGCAUUUGACAACAACAGGCCUCUGUUUAGGAUCCACCACCACCCCAUCCCACCCUCUACCUUCACUUAGAUGUUCUGCACAACCUUGGUAGAACUUGCUGCAGCCUAGAGGUAGUGAGGCUUCUGGAAUCAUGCAUUUGAGCAUUUGGUCUGGAGAAACAAAGGACUUUCUCCUGGAAGUGAUUUUAAAGGGAGCUUGGAGUUCUGAUGGAAAUCUUUAAAAUAGGUAUAUUGGGGAAUGAGGCAGAGGUAAGAAGGUGUCCGGCAUGUCUGGCCAGGUGCCCCCUGCCAGGGGUUGGAUUCCAGGGGUCUGCAGGUUUGCGCCCUACCCUCCAAACUCCUGGGACCUUGCCAAGUGACCUGUUAGGCCAGGUUAGCAAGCCAGGAUUACAGGGCCAAAGAGAUGAGUGGGUAUGCUGUGAUCCUUAAAGGAAAACCCCAAAGCAUAAAGGAAGACCCAGAAUAAAUUCUUACAAAUCACACUGCCUCCUUUCAAAAAUAGCCUAGCAGGAGUAAAAUCAGGGCCAAUAAGAGCGGAAACCUCAGAGGCCAAAUGGGGGUUGUGUGGGCAGAGUGGGCUCCGCUUUGGUUUUGCCGGAGGCAUCUGCUGGCUUGCCAGCUGGCCAGGCUAAGGCAGAAGCCAGUGGGCUCUAGGGGCCCCCGGAGACUUGGGGUCAUCCAGGGCACAGCUAGCUUGCAUAGGGUGAAAAUUUCUGGAAUGAGAGGCCAAAACUUUAGGCCUUGGGUUUCUAAGCCCAGGCUCCCGUGUCCGGACUAGAUCUUUGGGCUUCUUGACCACCCAAACUUGAAGUGUCCCUGGCAGUUGCCUGAAGCCUGGACACCACCUGUCAGAUCGCCCUCUGCCACCUCGCGGGAUCUCUCUGCCCCUAAAACCCUGGCCUUCCCAUGCGCUUUAGGGGGGUUUGUACUCGCCUCCUCCUCCCGCCUCCAAAUCCCUUUUUAACAUGCCACAUUGUCCCGAAGAACACAAGGAAGAGAAAUUGGGGAGGGAGAGGGGGAGGAGAGGGGAUGGUGGAGGGGUAGGCGAUCCGGAGGCCGCAGCCAGCAAUCAGGGCCGUCUCUCCCCCUGGCAGGGACACACACGUCGUGAGCCCAGCCUGAAAUGUGUUUCAUUAUCACAUAAAAGGCUCCUGCGGCGAAGGAGCCGAGAGGCAGGGCCGGGGGCCGAGUGCGGGACAAUGAGGGCUGAAAGCGCUGCCCUAACCUGCUAUGUUUCCUAUCGCACGCCCAUUGUGCGAGGGUCGUUUUAAACUACUUAGCGCGCCCCCCUCCACUGAUCCCGGCCGAUAAGAUAUAGUUCUGUAGGAAUACUUAAAAAGGAUGUCGGGGAGCCGGCCGCUCCGGAGGCUUUUCGGCGCAUCCUGAGUCUUUCGGCCCCCUACCCUCUCGCCCUAGCCCCUACUCACGCCAAGGCCCCCAGCUUAACUGGCGCUCACACUGCCCUCCGCCCGCGUCCCCCAACUCUGAGUAGUAGGGUGCAGCGUCUCUUUUUCCCUCCCUCUCCCUCUCUUUUUCUUCCUUUUCUGCGCGCGGGUUUAAGCAACCGUGAUCUGUGAAUAAACAGUCAGUAAACAACCGAAAAAAAACAUUCUAGAUCCGAAUUCCAGGAGGGUAAACUUUCCAGGCCACGUCACACUUCAGCAAAUUUGCACAGAUAUUAUAUUGCCCCCUCCUUUAUUAUUCUUUCUUCUUCUUCUUCUUCUUUUUUUUUUUUUUUUUUUUGCAGGAUCCCAUUGUACUUAACUGAAUUUUAUAACGCUGAUCGAUAUCUUGGUAAAAUAUUCAUUUUUAAACUAGCGGGCAGUGAAAUCUUUGCUUUGUGUGCUAAAGUCAACAGUCGCUCGGUUUGAGCUCAAAUAAAUGCAGGGAUGCCUCGGCUCGGAGCAGUCGGCCGCCUCCCUCCGCGCUCUGGACGCUCUGCUGCCGCCGCCCGUCCGUCCACCCGCCCGCCCGCCCGCCACACCGCAGGGACCCCUGGAUCCAGACCAUCUCAACUACGGCUAUGAAAACAGACCCGUGUCCCCCAGAAUUUUUAACCCGUCCUUAAGUUGUGGUCGUGCCCUGGCUACUCGGGACCGUAUAUCCAAGGAGAGUUGUGGGGGACCAGUUUGUGUUUGUCAUUUUCAAAACCAAGCGGAGGAAACGGCGGCCAAUUAAAAUGACAUAUUUUUAUUUGCCUCGCACGUUGUCAGUGAUUUGUCCCCGGGGAUCCACAAUUUUCCCAAGCCUGUUAACGGGUGACGAUGAAUGAGUGCCUCGUGUAAUUUAAUUUUCCUGUCACACUAAAUAGAGCUACAUUGUAAACCUUAGAUCUACUCUUACUGAUAGGAUCGCCUUGUUUUGCCAUUUGCACCAUAAAGACCCCCAAAAGGGACACUGUAUUGUGACCUCUACUCUUGAAUUAUUCAAGAACUUAAUGACAUUUUCCAUUUUAAAAAGGGGAACUAAUUGCCAUUGAUGUAAAGCAUGUGACCUUCUCUGGGUGCCCAGUAUGAGAAUGUAGCCAUCUGUAUUCGGACCCCAGAGCUGGGAAACUGCAGGAUGCUGGCAAAAUAGAAGAAAGAUGUGAACAGAAAUGAGCUUCAGAUGGACACUGGAUUCAAACAUAUUGUUCAGUUUCACCCCAAAAUCCUCUCAUCUAACCUAAAAUUUGUAUUAAAAAAGCCUAUCAACUCAGGCCUGGUUUGGGGGCACGACAUGACUUUUUAGCUACAACAGGAACAGUAAAAAUUGUAAAAUCCACUAGUCCUUCAUUAAUGUUAAAUUACUUUGUGUGAUAGCGAGCAAAAUAUAUAAUCAUCUACUGCCCUGCUUCCUUUCUUUCUUUUCGCAAUGAAACUCGCAACUGUAAAGAAAUUGAACCUUGGUAUUUGCUAUUUGAAAAUCAGUCUUGAGUUUCUAGGAAAGCCAGCGCUGAAAUUCUUCAGUAUCAGAAUUCUCACUUUUCAAAUUACUUGAAAAUGGAGGUUCAUCUUUCCUCAAAGUAAAAAGAGUUCCGGUGUAUUCCCUAUUGGUCUUUCACUCUUUCCGCAGCGCCCAGAGGAAAGAAAAGUGAGAGAAAAUGAGAGAAAACUUCUACCAAUAUUGUCUGGCUUCAAAAAUUCACAGAUGAGAGUAUGAAGAUGAUCUGAUGGUUUUCCUGAUUCAUCUAAGUCCACUGCCAGCAUUAACUGUGAUAAAGUCUGAGUGGAUUGGGAAGUAAAAUACUUUCCCAGGUUGGGCUGCAGAUAUUUCUUUUGAACUUUUUAAAGUGAUGCCUGAGACAAGGAACUGUCAUUUCUGCAUCGAGUGGGCAGUUCUUUUUAAAAUGACACUGAAUAGACACAACUCUGGUUUCACGGAGACUAAAUAUCCUCUGCGUGAGGCUGCAAAUCCACAUCUUUCUCUUGUAACAUCACUGGAAAAGAAUAUGAGGUGCAUUUGAACAUUUAACUUGGUUCUAAUGAAGCCCAUGUUACGUCAACAAGCUGGACCUGGACGGAAUCGCUGCUGGGGCCAGCCAGAAGUCAGGAUAGAAUGCCCAGCCCUUCAUCUGUACAGGGGUGUGUGUGCUUAGGCUCUGAGUAGUAUCCGCCUCCUUGAGACAUCAUGGACUGUAGCCUGACAGACUCCUCUGUCCGUGAGAUUCUCCAGACAAGAACACUGGAGUGGGUUGUCGUGCCCUCCACUGUACAGGAGUGGUAAGUGUUGUUUUAAAGGAGUUUGUUAUAAGGCUGUUGUUGCCCAAAUCAUAUAAUAGGGCAACUGUUUUUGUAUUUCUUUAAAAGAAACCUGUUUCCCUCCUUUCCUUGGUAUCAUGCUUUCUUUGUGUACAACAUAGCAGAAAAAAAUUGAAUAAGGAUACAUAGUUCUUAUUGUCAGAUAAUAAGGACAUACUUAAGAAAUAUGUUUGAAACCAUCACAAUAUUAUAAUUAUCUUCCAAUUAAAAAUAAAUUUAAGAAAAGAAAACAUUUCAAGUCAAGAAAAGUUGGCACACAUAUAGAGUGUCAAUCCAUCUUCUUGAAUAUUUCCUGUGAUUAAGGCAACACUUUCUGGGUCAGAUGUUAAUUUAAUUAUAGAGAUUUUUCAUCUGGUUCUUCACAUUUAAAAAUGUUUCCAACAACUUGCUGUAGACUAUGAGACACACAAGAAAUUAUACAUGUCUCUUUAGCAUUGUGUAGUGUCAUAAUCCAGUAAUUUUUUUCACAAUGACAGUAGGCACUAGAAAUGAAAAUUUCAUUCAUUUUUCAAACUGUCACCAUGGAUAACUUAUAGUUAUUUUUCUUCUCAUUUCAAAAAGCAACCCUCUUGCUCUGGGACCACUUGAAGUGCAUUUUAAGUGCUGUGGAAAAGUUUGCGGCAUCUUUAGAGCAUGGCAGAGCCCUCUCUCCUGGCUUCAUUUUUGGGUCUCACGCCUUCUGAAUGGAUUUCUGUGUUGACAAUUCAUAGAGCCUGGAGGAGGGGUUCUAUCUUGAUUGCACUCAAGUGGAAGGUGCUACAGGGGUAUGCAAGAGAUUCUGAUUUAGGGCCAUGCUUUAUCCAGUUCCCAUCAUCAGUUUUCCCCUGCCUCUAAAACAGAAGGCAGGAAGAAAGAAGAAAGAAAACAAAACACAACGUUGAAACAUAUUCCCAUUUGGCCAUUCUUGAAAAGGUAAGUACCUCAUCCACAGGGCAGGAUGCCAUUGUAGUGUUUCAUCUGGAAAUGGGCUCUUUAUUUCUCCAUCAAGCCUGGUGGGAAGGGCUGCACCGGGCCUUUGCCUUUGUGUCUGUUGGUUUGGGUGGAGUUCAAGAGAUAACCAAGAGAUCACUUUGGUUCUUUGUCAAGAUGCUGUACGCUCACUGAAAGGGAAGAAUGAGACAACUAUUGAGGGGCAAAUGAUUUAACUUAGGAUUCCUAGGCAGAUAAAUACAAUCAGGCCAGCUUGCACUUUUUCACAUAUAAUGUCUUCAGUUUCCUAGGUUCCAGAGGGGUUGAGCAGCAGCUGGGGGCUGGGGGCUCAUCCUCCUCUGUUAACUGACCCCCAAGAAGACCAAGAGGGGCAUGUGUUCACCCUCUGCCUGAAUUUAGUUACAUCCUUCAUCUCCUUUACAUAUUUUGACUGCUUGAUAUAUGGGUUUUUUCUUUUUUUAACGUCAGCACUAGAGACAUUUGACACUAACAUCUGGCGUCAAACAUUUGACAUUGACAUUUGACGCUAACAUCUGGUUCCGUUUAUCUGAAUGUGUCCACCCAAAUACAUUUACUGGACUUCUGACUGUCCAUUUUUAUUUCUUGGGGAAUGACAUCAAACCAGGAUACCACUGACACGAUGACUACAAAUUCCUUUAGAAAAACUCAGUUUCUUCUCUCUAGCCAAUACUUGUUUAAUAAACAGGGACUGCAGCUUGGAUCUGGGUCAGGACCCUGCUUAUGCUGGGAGACAGCUAUGCACAAUGGGUAAAUGUGCCUUUUGGUGUAGAAACACCCUGCUGUUUAUGUCCUCUUUCUUCUGGGAGGUUGUGGGGGCUGGGGGCCACAAAACUCCUACAGGACUUUGCACCUGGUGGAUGAAGCUCACAUGUUACCAGUAUAGCUUCUCCAGGAUGCAGAUUAAAUGUGUGGAUCAUGGAGUAAUUAAACAGUGGACAAAACAUGCCUUGAGUUCAUGGAGGCUGAAUACUCUGGACAUAAAAGCCACCAACUUUGUAAUGAAAAUAUAGGGACUUUUCAAAAUAGGCCGUCAGGAUGCGGUUUACUUUUCAAACGAGAUUGUAACGACAGCCUAACCCUCUUUGACUGUAUUCUUCUGUUUUCUGUAGAUUUGCUUAUUCGCAGAUACUGGGACAAAAAGAUGAGCUGGAGGGAGGAUGCUUGUGCUCCUGAGAGGCCCACAUGCCUGAAAGCACACAAGCUUCUCCCGGUGCUGAACUCCGACCUUCACAGGAGAGCCCCUAAAAGUGCAUAACCCUGCCGUCAGCCUGCUCCUGGGGACCUUACCCCACAGUUCCCCAUGAGGGUCUGGGGAGUGAGGUGGGUUCUGGACAUGAAUAUGAGCUCUCGGCAUGAGGGAAGCGAUGCAAGAAAAUCACAAUUUGCAGACUUGGGCCAAACUACCAGACCAACAACCGCCAGAACUAGUCAGCACCAAGAUACGAAAACACAAAACAUUAAAGUUGCCCAAGUAUACGCUUAACCUCCCCAAAGUUACUAAAGCUUCUGAUGAAUGAAGAACGAUGAGCAGCAAGUUGUCUAAGUCCUUGGCUGAAGGCAUCAUUACUUCUCAAUAACCAGAUAAAGUCCACGAGCUCAGAGUGAUUGUUUGGGGGCAAAAGUGGUUCAGGGACCAUGCCUCGUGGUUUUCUUUGCUGGCCAAUAAAGCAUGGGCAAUUGGCCACUGCCUCACAGAAGGAACAAGAGUGGCCAGCCUGGAAACAAGCCCUGUGAACUUCCCCCAGGGGGGUGCUUGUGCCCCAAGGAGCCCAGAACCUGAUGGGCACAUGCCUGGAUGCCUCUGCCAUCUGCCCAGCAUGGCACACACUUGCAGUGCUGAUGAGGACGCAUCCCCAGAGGGAGGGACUGGCCAUGACCCAAGGGAGGCCAGUGUGGACAGGGCUGUACUGCCCUUAGCUCCAUUUCUAGGUUUUAGGGUAAAGAAAGUCCACCCCACAAAAAAAGGAUGGAACUCAACUUCUUUUUUGAAGACUGAGUGUCCCUCACAAGCUUCAGUGGGGGUUUCUAACAGUGUUAUUUUUUCAAUGUGCUUUGUCUCUGUGGAGAGGUUUCAGAAAGCCCUUGAAGUCCUUAGCCUUAAAUCCGUGUUAAUAGGGGAAGUCUCUCCUCUCUCUCUUUUUUUUUUUUUUGGUGGUGGGGCAGUUUGGCUGGGAGCAGUGCUGACCCAGCCAGCACUCGGGUAGACCCGCUAUCAUUGGCAGGGCACUUAUUAACCAGCGCUCAUUUGCAGGAUCAAUAUUUCCAGCAAAAGAGUCCACACUGCAGAUACACCACUAUGUCUCAUUUUUUUUUUUUUCCUUGACAGACGAUUUAUUUUAUAAAUACAUCUGCUGAAGAAGAAAAGGCUGUCCGAAGGACUGUGUCUUUUAUCUCUGGGAUAUGCAAAGCACAUUUAUUUUCAGCUUUUAUCUCCGGAAUUGUAUGCUGAUCCCAUACAUAUAGAUUGAUUUUGUUCAGGUAGAUAAUGAAAAGUCAAGUGGAAAAUUACACAAUGGCACUCGCGAUCCUGGUCUUAUAUCGGUAUAUAAAUUGGUUUAUUAUUUCAUUCUAUUAAAGAGGCUUUUUUUUAAUUUAUUUGGUACCAGGAAAACUUCAAAAUACAUCAAGUUGUCAGCCUCACUGAAUUUUCUUUUGGGGGAGGAAGAGAAGAGGGGGCAGGGGGAGAUAAUUUCUCUGGCUGCUUCUGUUAAUUGUAUGGGCUAAAUGAGCUUGUACUGGGCCACUUCGAAGCCGCACAUGCAGUUUCUGUAACUCUGGAAGCUUCCUGGGGCCAGGACAAAGAUAACCAUCACACAUAUCCUGAUACACAGGUGGAUAUUUUUUCACUCCAGGCAUUUCUAAAUUUUGUCACAAUGACAGGAAAAGAGGCAAGCCACUCUACCACUGGCCGUGCCACCACCCCCAGCACCAAGAGGCCAGAGGGGAGAAGGUGGCAGCUGGAUAAAGGCCACCACCAAGGGACAGCUUGGAGCCAGAAUCCUGAAGGAAGCGUUAUUAAUAAACAUCUCUUGGACAUUUGGUAGCCCGUGGAGCCUGCUCCAGCUUAAAGCAAUUAAUUCAGGACACUGACAUAAACUCUCCAGGUCUUUGACAGCUUGGAGCCGAAAUAAAAAUGCUAGUUCUCCGGGGAAGAGAAGGGGAUGGCUAGCUCUUUUCUGGACUGUUUGCUUAUAGGCCCAGAGAGCAACCUUCCUUGCCGAAUGAAAUGCAAGGGCACAAACAAUGUACCAGGGAGAGAAUAGGAGAUGGGAAUGAACAGUUUGAACUAUUUGCUCAGCAGAAGGGCACCACAAUGCGGGGCUGGUGGCUUUCCCAUGCAGCCACCAUCCCUUCUUUGCAGUCUUUUGUUGUCUCUUGGCUCCUUUGGCCAGAUAAGAGCACAGCUGCAGCCUUGCAGCUAAGUAAGGCUGCACUCAUCCCCCUAAAUCUCGGGGUGUCUUUACUGUAACGGGUGAGGCGUGGCUGUCUUUUCUUUCACAGGGACAGUGAGGGAGGGAAGGGCAGAAUGGAGCGGGGGACUGUGACAUGCCCAGUGUCCGAAUUCCUGAGUUUUUUCUUUCUUUCUGAAAUCCAAGCUGUGAUCAGGCAGGAUCUUUGUGGAGUAUUUCAAUGGAAGGGUUCAGUGACUUGUAUUGGUUGCCAAGCCAAAAUGUUGCCUUUGGGGGAACGAAAGGGGAGGAGGUGAGUGUGUAAAACAAGGAAGGGGAGGGGGGUAAAAUUUUUGAUUUAAACACUCACAUUCUUACAGCUGCUGAAAAGAAGGGGAAGUUUUGAAUUAGCCAUUUUGAAAUUGUUCAAUGAUGAUUUCGUCACUUCUGAAAAUCAUUUUGGACUCCUCCUUUCCACACUUAAUCUUUUCAGAGUCCUAGUGAAUAGAGGUUGCCAUAAGCAGAGAGAGAACAGGAUGAGCUGGUGAUGGGACAUAAAACAUGUUUGUAAUUUCUGUAAAUUAGUCCUUUAAAUUAAUCGAAGUAAAUGUCUCCUAACAUAUGAUUGAAAUGUUCUUUCCCAUUUGCUCUUUUAAAGUCAGAGCCUAUUUUAAAUGCCAUAAGAGAAAGUAGACGUGAUAAUAAUAUAAAAAUAAGCAUAAAGUAUGGCUUACAUUAGGUUGGUUUUAAAGUUAAGAUCUGCACCAUCCGUGUGUUCAAACUCAGUGGGUUUUGCCACGAACGCUGGUUUGGGAACUGGGCAACAAGGCUGCAUUCUAUUCUAAUAAGGUUUAUUUAGCUUGAAAGGCUUUGUAAGGUGAAAAGGCAAAAAGUGUAACCCCAAAGAAAAUUAAUAGUUUACUAAAAUUGCACAAAAUGCCAGACCAGAAAGCCACUUGCCGGAAAUACAAAGUUUCAAUCCUGUGUGUGUGUGUGUGUGUGUGUUUCACACUGACAAAACCGGUAGGAAAAAACCCUGCUGUGGAUUUUUCCUCCUGGAUUGUCAGAAGGGAAGGCCAUGAAACCAAAGGCUGUCCAUCGAGACACAGCUCCCAAAGACCGACCUCACAGGUGGCCCCGCAGGAAACAGAGCACCUGUGUCUAGCCGGGGUCCCUCGCUUCAGCCCCACGGCCAUGGCCAGGGCCACGCGGGACAGGGUGACCCUGCCCACCCACAUGCUCAGCGACUGCCCACUUUGCUCAGGAUAUGUUGUGGGAGGCCAUUGUCCAGUAGAGCUUUGAAGUAGUUUUAACACCAAGGAGAUCAAAUUUAGUGAAAAGGGUUUGUGUGUAUAUGUGUGUGUGUGUGUUCCAGCCUGUGUGCAAUGCAGGGAAAGGGGAUGGACAACAGGGAUGUGUUCUUUUAGGUAUUUGCAUGUUUGAUGGCCCCAGCAAUAGACAGAAAAAAAGAAUCUUGUAACACAUGUCAUAUUUGGUAUGACUUUGUAUAAACAUGUAUGUGUGAAUGACAGUCUUUUUUGUUUAAGGACUAUAAUAAAAAUAUCAAAUCUGA